AUGGAAACCUUCAGCGACAGUGAAGUCACAAGUGUGGCGCUGAAGGCAUGUGACCGUUGCAGGUUGAAUAAGAAAAAAUGCGACAGACUGUUCCCUCGCUGUACGACUUGCAAGAAAAAACUGCUGAAGUGCAGCUAUGACGAGAACAGAACUCAACUCGAAAUCCGCACGCUUCGGUCACGAGUGGAACAUCUCUCCAACCACAACCGCAUAUCUUCCCAUCAGGUCUCACCUAAUCAUAUAUCACUGGACCCAAUUGUGACAUAUCCAAUCCCGUCUCGAUGGUACAUGCCUUUCCUGGUAAAUCAUUACCACGAGAUGCAGUUUCCGAGUUUUACUCGAAAAGGGAACUUUGAUAACGACGAAAUGUCCAGAAAGGAAUGGAUUCAGGCAAUAAUGUCUGAUCCAUGCAUUUUCCAUGGUAUUCUGUUUGCUGCAUCAUCCCAUCUCGAUGUACUCCGUGGCGAGGUUGAUAACCCUGUCACCGAAUAUCACCGACGGCAUGCAAUAAAACUUCUUCUAGAUCACAUUUCAUCCUCAGAUCGGGUAUCUGUCACCGCAGUUGCUACGGCCACCUACCUCUGGCACUACGAGGCCAUGAAUUCCAACACAAUGGAAGGGAAGAUCCAUAAGCAGGGCCUUCAACAAAUGGUCAAAGGGAAUGGCGGAUUAGGUGCAAUACGUCUAUGCGGCGAUCGGCUGUCCAAUUUGAUCAUACUAAUCGACAUUGGGGAUUCCAUUCUUAAUGCUUCCAGCCCGGCUUUCUGCGUUGACGAACAAUAUCAGUUUUGCGAUGCGCCCAUAUCUCUUGUUUCUACCGUUCUAUGUCAAUCUAAGAGAGCAUUACGUGAAAGCGGAAUUACUGAGCCAUUAGCAUCCCUACUCAAGAGAGUUCACGAUGCGACCUUGGAUUUCGAGUAUGGGCCUUUAGCACAACCUAUGGAAGAAUUUCUUGUGAUCCACGAGGCGGAGAGCAAAUUCUCGACAGCCGUUACGCUUGCGGCAACGAUUCAUCUCGACUCAUUUCAACAACGAAAUAGGUUCUGCGUUGACGAUAAUCAAGACAGCGUGGAGAACCUCCGUCUCUGCGUUUCCUCACUUCCUCAAGGUAGCAAGUACGACAUUGAGAACGAGCUUUACGUAUUUCUUUGUUUUACAGGCGCUGCGGCGGCGACAAAGAAUCGGGCAUGGUUUUUAGCCAAGGCCGGGCCCGUGGUGAUGUCUCUCAAUCCAAGCCAGCUUCACCAUUUCAAGAUGGCAGUUACGCGUUUCUGUAGAAUUCUGCAAAGGCUAGAGGGCGCCCAAGGAAGCGAUGGUGAAGAUGGUUUAUAA